AUGGUUAACCUUCCAGUCCCGUUCAGCGACAUUCCUCGCGUCCAAUUACUAUUCGAUCGCCCUACUGACAUCGAGCCACUAUCACGACUCACAGAAACACUGAACAGCGGAGCAAAAUUAUGGAUAGCUCGUGAAGACCGCAACUCUGGCCUUGCUUUCGCCGGGAACAAAGUCCGUAAGCUCGAGUAUGUCCUAGCCGAUGCUCUUGCACAGGGCGCAGAUACUCUAGUGACUACUGGCGGAGUCCAGUCGAAUCAUAUGUGUCAAACCUCUGCUGCUGCUGCCAAACUUGGUCUCAAAGUUGCUCUUUAUCCGGCUGAUCGUGUUGCCUCGGACCACGCCGAGUAUAAGUAUUUGGGGAACGUCCAAGCAAACGGCAUCCUAGGUGCUGAGACCUUCCCUCUUGAUACUAGUAAAGAGACUGUGAUCAAAACGCUCAGAGAAAGAGGGCAAACGCCUUAUCCGAUUCCACCUGGAGCGAGUACUCAUCCCCUCGGAGGCUUGGGCUAUGCUCGUUGGGCAUUCCAGCUGUUGGAACAAGAAUCCAAGCUUGGUGUAACUUUUGACGCGAUCGCUUUAGUCGCAGGGUCGUGCUCCACAAUUGGUGGUAUAGUCGCAGGACUAAAGCUUGCACAAAAGCAAGGGCUUCCUGGUUCGCAGAAGCGUCUGAUCGGAUUCUCAGUUCUGUAUCCCUCUAAGGAACAGGUCGUAACGAUGGUGCUGGAUAUAGCCAAGAAUGCGGCAUCAAAGAUUGGCGUGUCUCCAGAUGACAUUACAACCGACGAUUUCGAGAUUGAUACUUCGUUUAUCGGUGAAGGCUAUGGACAGCUCAACGACAAGACAGCCGAAGGGAUGAAGGAGCUUGCCAGAACGGAGGGCAUCUUGACUGAUCCUGUAUACACCGGGAAAGCUUUCACUGGUUUGCUUGAAAUUGUCAAACAUGGUGAAUUCGAGGGCAAGAAUGUUUUGUUUGUCCACACAGGAGGACAGGCUUCUCUUUCGGCCUAUCCGAGCCUGAGAUAG